UUUUAUGGUAGGCCUAAUUCAUCGAAGAGCACACUGUACAUGUGUAGUGCGCGUUCUGGACACAGCGUUGUGCUCUCCGCAUUCCUUCUCCAACUUUACUUACCCAGGCCGACAGGAGGACAUUUCGCAAUGACUAAAGGGACAUGUACAUUGCAGCCUUAUGCACUCCAUUAGUUAAAUACUUGGUAAAAAGUGUUUAGAUGCGACGUCUAAACCGCCCGCGUCCUACCUAGAACCUCUUGGGAAAUAAGGAAAAACGCAGAUACGUGAUUCUGAUCAUUACUAGCGUUGUGGACAAGUGCUAGAGCAAGAUACGGCUCAGGAAUAGGUUUCUUUCAAAUAAUCACAGCUUGGGAGUAGUUUUCUUUCGAACGAAAUACAUACUUUUUCGGAAAAGAAGUUCGGGAUGGACACACUGUCAGUGUUUUGGGCCCUAGCCGUUCUACUUAUACAAUGUCCUCUAAUUGUCCCUAUUACCGUGUCAACAAACAGUCCUACAGUGGAGGUCAAAGAGUACUCUAAUGCGAUUCUGUCCUGCGAGUUCCAAACAGUGAAGGAGCAGAAUCCUCGAAUCGAGUGGAAGAAGAAAGGAACUGAUAUUUCUAUAGUUUACUUUGAAGGACACUUUAAAGGAACCUUUGCUGGGCGUGCCAGUAUUGAUGGGGCGACAGUGACCCUGUUUAGUGUCACCCGGGAAGAUGCAGGCGAAUACCGCUGUGAGAUCAGUGCCCCACAAGACACCAUACAGCUGGGCGAGACUGACAUCACCCUUAAAGUCCUGGUGCCCCCCGAAACCCCAGCAUGUGUGAUCCCCAGCUCAGUGCUGACGGGGUCUGUGGUGCAGCUGCUCUGCAGGGAGCUGGAGAGCAUCCCCCCUGCCACCUACAUCUGGCACAAAGACAACAAGCCGCUGACCCCUUCCCGCUUGCCCAACGCCACCUACCACAUCAACCCAACCACCGGCUUACUGAUGUUUAAUACAGUAACAAAAGCAGACUCGGGACUAUACAGCUGUCAGGCAUCAAAUGGAGUGGGAAUGCCUAGUAUGUGCGAACCACAACUAAUGAAGAUAGACGAUUUAAACGUCACUGGUAUAGUUGCCGCAGUAGUGGUCAUCGGUCUGGUCAUCACCAUUUGUGGCUGUGGUGGAUACUAUGCACACCGCAAUGGCUACUUUAGCAGACACAGAGGAAGGUCUUUUUGGAUCCCUCAGUGUCAUGGUGUGGCCCACAUCAGCAGUCAGAACCUUCACAGAGCUGAGGACAAGAUGAACAACAGCCUUCCUUCCCAGGAUCCCGAGGACUUUAGACACACCCAGUCAUUCAUGCUGUGAGGACCCUGACAACUCCAUAAAGGCACCACAGACCCAGCAUCAUGGCAACACUGAAGUAUUAUUCCAAUCUAAAUGAAUAGCUGUAAGAAGAACAGUCCUUUUUUUACCAGUACCCAUCAACAGUUCUCUUCUAGAACAUUGUGGAUGGACGGCCACAAGGGACAAACAACUGCGUUGAGGAUAUUUAACGCUCGUGUUGUACAGUUUGUAGGCGGACCCUCAAUAUAAGCCUAUACUAUUACUUACUUGACACUUUAUGUCCCUCUGGUGGACAAGUUGUUAAACUACAUCUCUUGUGGACGACCAUAGGGACUUAAGCCCCACUGCUUACUCCCCCCUCAAGUGGCCAACCAUGAACUACCUUAAUCUUAUUUUAUACUGAUGACUUGGAAAUGGUAAAUGAGUGUGAUAAGUGUAAUAGAUAAUACUGUACAAUGUGUUUCAUACAAAGGGAUUUUGAUCUGACUGGGAUCAGGGGUCGAUCAUAUGCAAUACAGUGGCGGUUGCUACCAUUAGGCAAGGUAGGCAGUCGCCUAUGGCUCCAGAAGGCCCAGCACCCCGUGAAAAUGUUAACUGAAAUAACAUUUAAUAAAAUAUAAUGCAUUGUUUUUUUACUCUUAA